AUGGUGACCAUCUGUACCUACAGUGCACGUACACUUGCAUCCGAGUCCUCGAUAGAAGACUUGUUCAUGCAAACGAAAAAGAUAGGGUAUGACGUCAUUGAUCUGGCCGAGACGAGACGACACAACCCAUUCAACGUAGUCUAUGACACUGGAGAAGGACCGUUCCUCGGAACACGCAGCAGCAGAGGAGUCGGCGGCGUCGGCGUUCUCGUCAACACGAGUUUGCCCAUGAACAUCGAAUCAUUCGAACAACCUACAAUGCGAAUCGGACGUUCACGAUUAAGAAGACGUGGAUCAAUUCCGGCUUUGACAAUCUUCGUUGUUUACGCGCCGGCAUCAAACUAUUACGAAGAAGAAGUCGAAGCGUUCUAUAUAGACUUGGAGAAGUUCUGCAGAGGAGAUCAUACAUUCUUCAUGGUCAUCAUUGGAGAUUUUGACGCCAAGAUUGGACCAAGAAGAGCGUCUGAAAAACGUCACAUUGGGAUCUACGGAUUAGAAUGGAACGAAAAGGGUGAACGGGGUUUAUGUUUAUCAUGA